CACAAUGGCAGCUACGAUCACCCCCGCAUCACUCCAAAGCCCAUCGUCAAACAUGUGGUGCACAAAGUAUCUUCAUCGUCAUCUAGAACACCGGGUGUUGGGGCUGAUGCCAGCAUCACGACUGGUAAACCCGGGCGAGUCAGUGAGGUCAUGGAAUUGUGCUACGUCACUGAACGAAUUAUUGCUCUGUGGUACAGAGAUGAUAGCCAGGGUGUCCUCGAACACGCGACCAAUUUGCUUCGGGGAAAACACGCCGAUAAUUACAUGAUAUUCAAUCUGUCAAUUCCGGGACGCCAGAGUGAAUCAAACACUCGUGAAUGCGGUUGGCCCCAGGGUCUAGCCCCAAGUCUGGAGAGACUGUGUGCCCUCUGCAAAGAGCUCGACUCCUGGCUGAACGAAGCGCCCAAUCGUGUCGUUGUACUUCACGCAAGGGGUGGAAAGGAGCGGCUGGGCGUUGCCGUGUCAGCGUACAUGAACUACAGCAGCAUAUGUGGUGGACGUGAUCAAGCACUCGAUAGAUACGCAAUGCGGAGAUUUCUGGAUGACAAAAUCGGUGCCCUGAGAGUACCCUCCCAUCGCAGAUAUAUUGAGUACUUCAGUGGUCUUUUAUCGGGAUCAUUGAGAAUUAAUCCGUCGCCACUCUAUCUGACUCAUGUCACUGUACUUGGUGUACCUCUGUUCGAGCCAACUGGUUGUCGGGCCUUUCUCAAAGUCUAUGAGGGCUUUACACCGGUCUACACCUCUGAUCUUUAUUCGGUGACCAAUGCCCGAGAGUUUACAGUCAAUCUCGGUGGAUUGAGAUUGCGAGGGGAUAUUCUGGUGAAGUGUUAUCACAGGGUUUACUCCAAGCAGAGUAGGGAAGCUAUGUUUUCCCUGCAGUUCCACACGUGUGUCAUAACGGAAAACGUUGUCAGCUUUCCUCGAUCGGAGCUCGACAUAGCAUGUGACGAUCCACGAUGUCCAUCAGACAGUGUCGUGACGUUGUACUUCUCGAGCGAUGCUAAACGUCUAGAUGGUCCAGUACCAGCACCCACACCCGCUGUUCCCCAUGCAUCCGCACAUCACGAUCCCAUUCUUCACUGGGACAGCUACAGCAACCUGGAGAUCAGCGACGAUGAAGGAAGGGAUACACCCCUGUCACCUCCACCACCAUCGAGCUCAUCGGUGCAAACGUCACCUCGGGGAUUGGGCUACACCUGUGGACCCAUUGAUGGCUCCCUAUACGCUGUUGUUCAUCAGGGCGCAGGCGGUGCUGCUCGCGGUUCACCGCUGACAGUUUCCAUGGACAGUGGUAUCAGCAGUGCACCACCACAGCGACCCAGUCCCCCGGAGGCAGAGCCCGAUAGUCCUCACAGUGAUCUUGACAAACUUCUUCACGACAUGAUGAUGACAGUGGAGUCGAUGCCAGAUCCACCGAGUGAUUACAAUCGAAUCAACAGUCGCGGGGAUAAAAUGUACAUCAACGAGACACGAAGCUACAGCAGUAAUCCAACAUCGAAUUAUUCUACUCUCAAGGAUUCGUGCAGGAGUUAUGGUGGCACUAGGGAAUCGUCACCACCGUAUGCAUCAUCGAGCAAUUAUGGUACACUUAAAAAUGAAUCCAAGAGCAAUCACGAUGAUUCCUCGAAGAAGUCAUUCUCACCUGGGGGUCAUAUCGAUUUUAUCGAUGAGGAUAUACCAUAUCAUGCGAGGCAGACCAGUCAGCCCUUCAGUUAUGGCGCAACUACGGAUAUGAUUAAGCAUCAGAAACUCUCAUCCCCUUCACUCGUUAGGAAGGCGGUUAUGAGGGGGACAGCGCCCAUUGUCGAUUUGGAUGACCUCCUGGGGGAGAAUAGGGGAAUCAAUGGACCUGUAUCACCUGCACCUGAACCACCACCGGAAUUUGCUAAUGGGGCCAAGACUAAUGCUGAUCAUGUUGAUGGACUCUCGUGGUUGAGACAACAGCAGCUUAAGCUGGCUGCACGAAGGGACGAGAGGAGUCCAGGAAAAAUAUGGCGCCAAGAAACUGGUAAUCGUGUUAUCGGUGAACUCAGAAGCCUCCAGAGAAACCGAGUGAGGCAGGACGGUUACGCCAGUGAUUCAGCUGUGCUGGAUGACGACGAUGAUAUAUGGAUACCGAGUUCCGUGGUCUCUCAGACAACGAGGGCUGCACCUCACACAUCAGCUCCAGCGAGUCCCCUUUUACCUCAACGAUCCACCAGUCGUAAAUUCAAUGGAUCAAUGAAUGGCACAAUACGACCAAGAGCUGAGAGUGUAAACGAACGGCCAUUCGUUUCCGUCAAAAGAGCUUACGAGUUCCGGAAAUACAGUGACAGUCAGAGUCCUCCACCAUCCCCGCACGCGUCACCACCGCUACUAGCUGCUCUUGCCAUUCAGCCACAAUCACUAGGUGAGAAGAAUCAGCCACCGAGGCCAGAGUCCAGGAGUGAUAGCUAUGCAAGGGCCGAAAUGCUGAUGAGAGAGCAUCGAUUCAAUGGAUUUACAAAUUCGUUGAACGGUGUUACUGAUAAUAAUAAUAAAACACAUGUUAACAAUAAUGUAUAUCCACGGAGCAAUCGGGUAACAUAUGCCGAUAAAGUUUACGAGUUUGAUGGAGGUGUUGAUAAGGAUCGGGAUGUCGUGGACUUGGGGUUACUGGCUGUUGUUGAUAAGCGUAAGGAUCAGGAUUGUGAUCCACUUGCCAGCCUAAUUGAGUCACUCGCGGAUUUGUCACACGCACGAAUAGACACCAUUAACAAGGAUAAUCAGCUUAAUGUGAAUCAUCAUGGUAGGGAUUUAUCAUCCAACAACAACGAUGUCAUCAACACUGACACUAACAGUACCCCUAAUCAGUCACCAAAAGCAUGGCAGUUUAGUGUACAGUCCCAACACGAUUCACCGACAUCGUGGACAGAUAGGAGCAUCAGUCCUGCCAGCGCUGGAAUAGGUAACGCAUCGAGACCACAGACUCCAGCAUUUCCGGUACAUCCCCGCACCCCCUACGUCAACAAUUCAUCGCCAACAGUGACAUUCGCCGCUGAUCGCACGUACGGAUCAACCAACAAUUUCAACGAAUCAACCAACUACACCGCGCAUAACAACAAUGUACAUAACUUUGAGAAUGGGAAUAAUAAUAUCAAUAAUCGAGAUUACACUGGGGAACGAGCUGUUUACAUCGAGGAGAGACGAGAUGUUAGGGAGACGGGACUCCCUCCCAAGAGUCCGACAACACAGCGACGUUUGAGUUUUCCGGCAAGCGGUUCGCUUAAACAAACUCAUAACAAACGAUGGCCACUCACUAAUCAAUCGGCGUCGUUCGACUAUAGCAAGGACCGACCCGUCUCGCCGACGAACGAAAUAAUAACUCACACGAUUACUCGAAGCCCGGGAACACCGAAUCACGUAGAAUUCGCCCAGAGUCCCAAGAGUGCCACAUCAUACACAUCGAUAAACAGUGGAGGACACUCAUCUCCGCAUAUUCAGCAAUAUGGAUCGAGAAGAUCGAGCAUCCAUUCGAAUACAGAGACACAGGAAGUGGCUGAUGUCAACGUUAAAUUUGUCCGCGACACAAGUAAAAUUUGGUACAAGCCUAAUAUCACUAGAGAGCAAGCCAUAGCAAUGCUGAAAGAUGCAGCUCCAGGUACUUUCGUCGUACGUGACUCAAAUUCCUUCCCAGGGGCAUUUGGUCUAGCUUUGAAAGUGGCAACACCACCCCCUGGUGCACCCAGCAGUCCCAAAGAUCCAUCGAGUGAGCUCGUCCGUCACUUCUUGAUCGAGCCAACAUCGAGAGGAGUGAGACUAAAAGGAUGUGCAAAUGAACCAGUUUUCAGUUCUCUAUCUGCACUAGUUUAUCAGCACAGUCUCAUGGCGAUGGCUCUUCCCUGUCAGUUAUUGUUACCUGAGGCUGAUGCUGCUGCUAGAGCCCUCGAUUCCCCUGGCACAAGCAGUACACAACAGCUUUUGGCUCAGGGUGCAGCCUGCAAUGUUCUGUAUCUUUUUACUAUUGAUACUGAAUCCCUAACGGGUCCUCAAGCCGUCAGAAAAGCAGUCACAACUUUGUUUGACCAGAAACCACUACCAUCAGCCACAAUCGUCCACUUCAAAGUUUCCACUCAAGGGAUUACUCUCACCGACAACGCUCGAAAACUCUUCUUCCGUCGCCAUUAUCCGACGAAUAACAUCAGCUACUGUGGCCUCGAUGCCGAUGAAAGGACCUGGGAGUUCAUCAGCGAGGACACAGGCAAAGCCCUCAGUGCACAUCGCUGUUUUGGUUUUGUGGCGAGAAAACCAGCUCACAAGACCGACAAUCAGUGUCACGUUUUCGCUGAACUAGAGCCAGGCCAACCAGCAACAGCAAUUGUCAAUUUCGUCAACAAAGUAAUGAUGGGAAGUUCAGUAAUUAAAGCAAAUAUCGUCUAACCCGAUUGCUUCAACGACAUCACUUCAGAAAAGUGCAGUCAGUGUUUAAAAAAGUAAAUGGAAAUUCUGUCAAAUUCCCUUGCAGAUCGAUACCUCUUAAUGGGGCCUUAUGAUCGAUUAAUAAUGCCCAGAGAAAUCUAAAGAUGAUUUUAAAAAACUAAAAACGAUCAACAGCAUCUUUCGUUUUUCCACACUAAUUAUAUGGAAUUAGUUCGAAGCGUUAAAUCGAGUUUAAAAUCAAACCUAGUUUUUCAAAGAAAUUAAUGCAUGUUGCAUGAUUGUUAAAAAAAAAACCAAUCGUAUAUGGAAAUAACGUGUGUUAUAUUCACAAGAGAACCUUCGUCGUAUUCUACAACUAAAUAGAUGUACGAAUAAACAAUUGUUUAUAACUGUAAAUAACAACUAAGGCCUUAGAAACGAAAAGAGAGUCUAUGAAGAUUAAGAAAGUAGAGAUAGACAAACCGUAAUUAAUGAAAAGGUGUUGAUUAACAGAAUGUGGGCGGAAAGCAGCGAUGAUAACCGUGACGUUCCGCGGUUCUGGGAAUCUUUCCCCUGGACAGAAUGAUAAACGAAAAUUCCAGAGUCAAAUCUCUCGAAUACAUAAUAUAUUAUAAAUCAAUAAUGUCAGAAAAAAUUAAAAAAAGAAACAAUCCAUUUUGUCGUCGGGAAAUAAUUCCAACUACCGUGUACCACGAGUUGGUUUACGAAAAUAUUAAAUUGAGUAUCACUGGACUCAUUCGAUUCUUGCCACUGGUUUAUUAAAUUUCAAUUACGUGGGCCUAUCCAAGUCAGUCAAUUAUUAAUGAAGUCUUCAUGAAUUACUGUUGAUAAAUCAUUGAUUAAUCGUAAUCAAUGGAUUAAUUUAAAUUCAGUCAAGUGCUGAGAGAAAAAAAUGAAUAAAACGAUACGUGGAAAAAUAAUUUAAGUGGAUUAUCAAUGGAAGUUAAUUGAUAAACAUAUUCAACCUGUUGUUAACGGAAUCAUCGAAUCGAAUGAAAGAUGAAUGUGCGGUCCUUUGUUUAUGUGUCACACAAGUGCUAGUCAAAAUUCCAUCUACAUCCGAGGGUUGGUUAAUCUGUCCCUAGGGCCUAAAAUCGUGUCUUACCGAGGAAAAAGUAAUCUCUACCGAUGUUUUAUUAGAAUGUAACUAAACAAUCGAAAAAUUCACGCUCUCCCCUCCCUCAUUCCAAAACCAUCUAUUUAAUUAAUAUAUGAAUUUUUAAUUUUAUUUUUACCAAUUGAGUACCGACUAACAUUAAUUAUGUACACAGAUUUAUCGCAAUCAGUCAUUAUUAUUACUCGUUCUGAUCGAUUAAUUAAUUAUACAUUGAUGAAUAUGAUUUAUGUAUGUUUAAUAAGUAAUAUUGUAUGAUUGUAUUGUUAAAAUGUUGAGGAUAGUGGAUGUAAUAAUAAAGUAUAUUCAUGCUAAUAACAGAAA